AUGCUGCCUGAACUACUCCUCGCGGGAGGUCCGAGCCUGCUGCUGCACGCAGCCAUCGGCAUCACCAUCGUUCUCUUUUUCUACCAGCUAGUGCUGGCGAAGUCACGCCAACAUCGCCAGUUCUGGGAGAAGCAGCCAUGGGUAGGCGUUCGCGUCGAGUGGUUUUCUGGAUUCCGGGCCUCGCUGCGUACCAUCCGUGGCAUCCGACAGAUGCUGGAGGAGGGCUAUGAGAAGUACUCCAAGCAUGGCCGGGCAUUUGUGCUGCCCACCAUCGCCGAAGCGCCCUGGGUCGUCCUGCCGCCGAGCAGCAUGCGCGAGCUGCUGGCGAAAUCAGACCGUGAACUGGACCAUGACAUCAUCCACGCCGAUCAAUUGCAGCACUACUACACUCAGGGCCCGCUGGGCUGGCACGCGGUGCAGGUGCCCCUGCAGUUCGACCUGGUGCGCCGGCAGCUGACGCGCCAGCUGCCGCUGGUGCUCCCCAUCAUGGCGGAUGAGGUCGACCGCAGCUUCCGGCAGUACUGGGGCACGCGAAACACAGCAUCGACGGAGGUUAAGGUGAAGGUAUUCGAGACGUGCACGCAGAUCGUCACCCGCGUGGCCAACCGGGUCUUCGCUGGGCCGGACAUCUGCCGCAACGAGGCCUUCCUGCACCACUCACUACAGUAUUCCGAGGGUGUCGCGCGCGCAGGCAUCAUCAUCCGCCUGUUACCGCAGUGGCUGCGUCCGCUGCUCGCCCCGCUGAUUACGUAUCCCAAUCGCAAGAAUCUCCAGAUCUGCCUGGACAUUUGUAUGCCGGCCGUACAGGAUCGGCUGCAGAAGACCCUGGUGCACGACCCCGCCUGGGAGGCACCGGUUGACGGACUUCAAUGGCUCCUCGAGGAGUGCGUGAAACGCGACGACCCGCGUGAGAUCGACCCGCGGCUGAUCACGCAGCGCCUGCUCAUGCUGAAUUUUGUGGCCAUCGAAACCAUGGCCAUGUCCAUCACCCACACGGUGAUUGACCUGUACUCUGCCCCGGAUUGCGCGACCUUCGUAGCCCGGCUCCGCGAGGAAUGCGAGCGCCCACACCCCCAGCCAGACCAAUGGACCAAAGCCGGCCUGGACCGACUGGUACGAGUGGACUCGACGAUCCGGGAAUCGAUGCGCGUCUCGGAUCUCUCGUACAUCGCCGUGCCGCGCAUGGUGGCGCCGGCCGCGGGACUGAAUUUCGACCCGGGGUUGCAUCUCCCGCGGGGCGUGCGCGUGUGCGUGCCGGCGCAUGCCAUCCAUCGUGACCCGCUCAACUACGCAGAUCCCUUGACCUUCCAUCCGUUCCGGUUCUGUGAUUCGGAGGAUACUGCUGCUUCAGACCGAAAGAAACCGGUGUCGAUCGCGACGACGACCGAUGCCUUCCUGGUCUUCGGGCACGGGCGACAUGCCUGCCCGGGCCGGUCUUUCGCGGCCCAGACGAUGAAGCUUAUGCUGGCGUAUCUGGUGCGGCACUAUGACGUAGAGCCAAUUGACCAUGGGCCCGAAAAGGAGGUGCAGGUUGGCACGGCGAGGCCGAGUGCCCGGCUUUGUCUGCAGGUGCGUCGGCGGGACUGA